GGCGGGGCAAGUGGAGACGGCCACCGCAGGGUUGGCGGACUUGAGAAGGAGCAAAGAUGGCGGAGUGAGGCACGUCGCAGCUCGCUGGCCUUUGGGCCGGGGGGCGGGCGGCCCCCGGGCGCUCGAGUGCUUCUUCUGGCCAGUGCGAGGUUUUGAAUCAAAACGGUCUUGUCUUCAACCAGAAGAGAUUAUUCAAGUUCAGUUUGGAAUUAAGGGCCAUACCGGAGGCAUAUGAAGGGGAAGGUUCCCAGCAACAUCAUAUCCGAGCCAAGUCUGAAACCUAGACCACAGCUCAAAUCAACACUGGAUUCUUAACGUACUGAGCGAGGUCAGGGAUUGAACCCACAACCUCAUGGUUCCUAGUCGGAUUCGUUAACCACUGCGCCAGGAUGGGAACUCCAGACAUAACUUUCUUAAACUCACUUCCACAAGGCGCGAGGUAGAUGUGGCCCUCAGACUUUAAAACCUACACACAAAUACAGCUUUUCCAUUUCAUUGCUAUAUCAACCUCGUACAAGACUCAAUCAGGUAAAAGGAGAAUCCUUCAGAUAUGGAUGGAAGAAACUUUUCUUCUAGCACAAGGUAGGAAUAAACUGUUUUCUCCUCGUGCAAGUCGGUUCCAUUCCCCCCUCGGUCUCAUUAAAUCUGGGAAUGACUUAAUGACCAUCUGGAAUUCUCAGUACGUACCUGCCUUUGAGCGAACCUUCAAUGCCAACUAGGAAAGGAGCUUCCAAAACUACGUUAUUUGUGACUCCUAGGAAAACAAACACGGGUCAGAAUGACUACCUGUGAGGCAAUGAAAGGGGAAACCUCUUCCUUCCAGAAAGACUCAUCACAGCCACAAAAAAAAACUACGAAAAGUCGCCCCCACCCACCCCUGGCAAAGGAGUUCAUUUCUUUCAAAUUUUCAACUCGUUUUCUUCCCCGUGAGUUCUAAGCCCCCAAUAAAAAGCCGCAACUCCCUCUCGACCCGCCUACGCCUUCCCCAGACACUGCUCCCACUCACUGGAGAAGGCCACGGCUCCAAGGGACCGCGACAAGUCCCAUGCGAGGUGCACCGAGUCGGCGAGCACAGCGUAGCAAUGCGCACACUGGAACACGGCGCACCUCUCGGGCUGCAGCCACCAUGGCAGCCGCGGGGCCGCUGGGGGCUCCUCCGGCCCGAGCCCAGCGGGGCCAAGCGGCGAAGACCCCUUCACCACCUGCGUGUCCCACUCCAUGGAAGUCGUAAGAGAAGUUUCGUCAGUCGCCUUCUUAGGGCCAUCACAAAAGUCACGCCGCGACUGCCUUGGAUAGCACGAGCGAUGCCUCCGCGGCCGCGCCGCCAUCUUCCCGCAGCCCCCGCCUCCGUUUCAAAGACGCGCCAGGCCCCGCCCCAAGCUCAGUUCCUGAGUCCUCAUUGGACAACGUGUAUCGGGGUUUCUGCCGCGCACUCGUUGCCUGGACACACUGUUUGGCGCCCAGGUGUUGGCGAGGGGUGGAGGAGAAUGUGCGUCACUGGGAGGGGAAAUAAGCCUUUCUAUUGGUCAAUACCGGGAGACCCUGCCUAUGAGGCAGUUUUAACCAAUGGAAGUGCAUCAUUCGUAAUUUAAACUCUCUAUAAAAUUCGGUUUGGUUAACGCUUCGAGCCGCGCCAGAGUUUUCAACCGUGCUUUGGAGAGGGGGUUACUGAUCUUCUUCGUGGUCGCCUGGAUUGCAGUUCGCCAUGAUUGUGUCCUCCCUGGAGGAGCUGGACUCCUUCAAAUACAGUGACCUGCAGAACUUGGCCAAGAAUCUGGGCCUCCGGGCUAAUCUCAGGGCAGACAAAUUGUUAAGAGCCUUAAAAGCCCACCUUAAAAAUGAAUUAAAAGAAGAAAAAGAGAAUCAGGAUGAAGUUCAAACUUCUGCAUCCUCUUGUGAUGAGACAGAGGUACAAAUGAGCAGCCAGGAACAAGCUAAGAGGGAGCCAGUUUGCCAUGUGACCAAAAUGAGGAGAAGGCACAGGACAUUCCACAGGAGCCCUGACCCCCAGAAUCAUUCAGAGAUCAAAAUAUGUGAUCCUCCUGAAUUCCAGAGUAAAGAAACAUAUGAAAGCCAGGCUCUCCGAGCUGCUGUAGGCGUUCCUUCUCUAUCGAAUGAGAGUCAAGAAGAUGAGAAUGCAGUGCCCUCAGGAAAAAGUGGAAUAAAUGGUGCUGAAGUUUCAAAGGUACCUUCAGAAAAAAAGAAGUCUGUCUAUACAGAUGAGUUUCCCAAACCUGGAAAAAAUAAAAAAACUGCAAGCACUACUCCAAACUUUAAGAAGCUUCAUGAGGCUCAUUUUAAGGAAAUGGAGUCCAUUGAUCAAUAUAUUGAGAGAAAAAAGAAACAUUUUGAAGAACGCAAUUCAUUUAAUGAACUGAAGAAGCAGCUCAUCACUAAGAGUGUGCUGGCAACUCCAGUUCCUCUGCGAGGAAGACUGUCCGGCGCUGGUAACCCUGGCAGCCAUCGGCGCUCCCAAGGCUGGCCCCACACAGGUCGGAGUGCCUUAUGUGGGAAGGGGUCCACCAAGCGUCCCGCUCUCUCGGCAGCCAAAAUGAACGUCAGGUUUUCAGCUGCUACUCAAGAUAAUGAGCAUAAGCGUUCACUGACCAAGACUCCUGCCAGAAAGUCCCCCCAUGUGACUACAUCUAGGAGCACCCCAAAAGACCAGGCUGUGUUUGGGACACACAAGUUAAAGACCACCGCUGUUAUUACUCCGUUCAAGUUAACGGCUGAGGCCUCACAGACUCCGACUUCCCAGAGAAAACCAGUGUUUGAUCUCAAAGCAAGUUUGUCUCGUCCCCUCACCUACGAACCACACAAAGGAAAACUGAAACCAUGGGGCCAAUCUAAGGAAAAUAAUUCUCUGAGUCAGCAUGGAAACAGAGUUAGCUUCCACAAGAAAACUUAUAAACAACCUCAUCUCCAGACCAGGGAGGAGCAACGGAAGAAACAUGAGCAAGAACGAAAGGAGAAGAAAGAAAAGAUUUUGGAAGUUCGAAGGGGCCUCAUUACGGCUAAACAUUGAAAAUUCAACAUCCCGUAAAUAUUCCUUUAUUCCGAAUCCUUUUUUGUAAAUAUUUUUAUAUUAUCCUCUCACUUUAGUCAGAAGACCUUUUCCUACUCUUAACUUUUGUUCAUAUAUAUGUAGUGUUGGUGGCUUCUUCACAUGUUAUACCCCGAAAAAGAUGUUAUUACCUUUCAAACUCACAUAUUAUUUUGAAAUAGUUUUUAUAUAAGCCCUUUUGUAACUGACUCAGUUUUCUAAAGAGAAUCCUAUAGAUUUCUUGACCUAGAUUUUUAAUAUCAAGUUCCCUCUGCUGGCUCUAAUAUUAACAGAACUUUAAUCCUCUUCUAGGCAAAAGUCUUUACCUGAUAGUAGCUUAUUAUACCACAAGCUUCAGUAGAAAUUGAACACUAACAAGUUAUGAAUAGGGUAAGCUGUCAAAGGCCACCUCUUCAUCCUCUAGAGAAUCUAGAACUGUUCCUGAAACAGGACCAUAUGGUUUGGUAAGGUCAAUAUUUAUCUGUGUAACUUUGUUCAUAUUACUUCAUGUAACUGUCAUCUGUCAUCUAUAUACUCUUAAAAACUAUAGCUUAUUCUAGUCUUUCUUAUUUAAAAAUAUAGAAAGCCAUGUUGAAAUUAGAGGAUUGCUACUUUAAGGAUUACUAUGCUGUCAAACUUAGAUCUUACUCAGUUCCUAGAAAAGAUUACAGAGUUGUUUACCAUCAUAUCCAUGUUUGUUACACUUGAGUGGAGCUUCUGAGUUUUCUACUUUAUAAGAUUUUCAUAAAUAAAAUUUUUUCUUGUGCUUUGUAAACUA